AUGUACACUCUUAGCAAUAUCUGUUUAGAUGAUGCACUGGACACUGUGAAGAAGGUCCUGCGAUCUCUACUACAUGCUUUGGACACCAAUCCACUACAGAUACCUGCCUCCCUCAUGGCCUCCGAGCACACGGCGAUCCCAGCUCACCCGAGCAUCUUGCUGCUAAACUCGCGUCCCUGGCUCUACGAUCUUCAGGUCAGCAGACUCAAGGACGUGACAGACGAGCAGCUCACGACGGCCUUGCUCGGUGGAUCCGUGGAUGUGUGUUGGCUUCAAGGUUGCUGGGAGCUAGGCCCCUAUGGACGCCAGCACGACCUUUCCGACCCCACACGUCGGCAGCACUUCCAAGACUGCCUCCCCGACUUCUCUGAGGCUGAUUGUAUCGGUUCUCCUUACGCCAUCAGCCGCUACACCUGUAACCCUCACCUGGGCACAGAGGAGGAUCUGGCAGAGUUCCGGGCCCGUUUGGCCUCGCAGGGCGUGGCACUCAUGCUGGACUUUGUGCCAAAUCACAUGGCAAGAGACAGCCCUUGGAUCGACAUCCCAGACCUGUUCAUUCGAGGCCGUGACGGGAAAGUCGCCUUCGGCAAAGAUCCGUAUUCGGGCGACUGGACCGACACGGCUCAGUUGAACUACUGGUCGACAGCGUGCAGGGACCACAUGUUGCAGCAGCUGAUGGACGUGGCGGAAAGAUGCGACGGCAUGCGUGUUGACAUGGCCAUGCUCUGCGUGAACGACGUCAUCGAAAGGACCUGGGGUCACCACCUCCGUGAGCAGGGCUUCCACCGGCCGGGGGAGGAGUUCUGGGUUUGGGCGCUCCCGCGGCUCCGCGCGCGUAGCUCAGACAGCAUGAGAAAGGCUGACGGAAAAAGCCCAUCAACGUAG